GUCACACUUCUUCUCCUGUUAAGCUGAGACUUCCCCAGCAGCGAUCUAGCGUCGAAUCUCAGCACAGAAAACCACCCAAAUCCAAAACCCUAAAUUAAAAUUCUCUCAAUUCAAUCGUAAACCCUACAAUUCCAACUUUCCCAUCAUCACAAUUCACCCCAAACCCAUCUUUCACUGCGUCAAAUUCAAGCCACCUCUAGCUGAAGAUCGUACACAUGUCAUAAAAGCCUGCAACUUUGCCCGGGAAAUGGAUUCGGAUCGCAAUUCCAGUCGGUUCCUCAGGUUUCCGGCGCCGUGAAGCUAACUCCGGUCAAAAUUGGAGGCUAAAGACUCUUCCUUUAAUGGACAGAACUAGUUUUCUGGCGGUGUUCUUAUUGCUCUUCAUCGUUUCCGAUGUCACCAAUGCUUCGAUGCUCACCAAGCAUAGAUUUUUGAUCGGUGAUCCUCCGAAGGGCAAUUUGGACAAUCCCACAUUACCGGGUAAGGAUUCUCCGGUGGUGAGUCCACCUCCGCCUUCUAAACCUGAUCCUGAUCCUGAUCCUAAUCCUAAUCCUAAGCCAGUUGAUGAUGGGAAGAACAAAACGGGCUCUGCCCCACCCACCAAGACGCCGGAGCCGAAAGGUUCAAAUAACAGUACUAAACCGGCUCCGGUAGGUCCACCAACUGAUACCGGUGGUGGGAAGAAUAACCAAACACAGAAGCAGGAUCCAAAUCCUGUGCAGAAGCCGAAGGAGAAACCAACUCCAGAGCCUGAACAGAAGCCGAAGGAGAAUCCAACUCUGGAGUCUGAGCAGAAACCGAAGGAGAAUCCAACUCUGGAGUCUGAUCAGAAGCCGAAGGAGAAUCCAACUCCAGAGCCUGGCAAGACACCGGAAGAGGAUCCAAGUGCAAAGACUCCAGAAAUAGAGAAGACUAAGAAUAAAAGUGCCAAUGUGACUAAUACACCGAAUGUGAAAAAAGAAAGCUGCGAUGGGGCAAUCAAGAAGUGCAGCAGUACGGAUAUGGUUGCCUGCAUUAAGAGCUUCAAUAGGGAAUCAACAGAAGCAGUCAUUCUGGUCCAAAAUGUACGUGACAGCACAUUGAACGGAAGCCUUUCUGCAGAAGAUACCAGGGACCUGGUGAUACCCAAACACGAAUAUAAAAAGAUCAAGCUCAAUAUGGGUAAAAGCAACAAAAUAGUACUGAAAGCUGGAAAUGGAGAAUGCGUGCUGGACCCUUUUGUAUCUGAAGGAAACUUUUUCAUGCGUUUCCCUUCUUAUGAGAAGUUAGUGACACCAAUCAAUGGUGCAUACUUCUUGAUUGUUACAGUGCUAAUUUUUGGAGGGAUGUGGGUUUGCUGCCUGGUUAGGAGGAGGAAACAGCGCACUGGAGGUGGAGUUCCUUAUCAGGAACUUGAAAUGGCAUUGCCGGAAUCGGCUUCAGCAACUGAUGUGGUUACGGCAGAAGGUUGGGAUCAGGGUUGGGAUGACGAUUGGGAUGGAGAUAAUGCAGUGAAGUCACCUGGAGGGCAUCUGGUGGGAAGCAUAUCUGCUAAUGGUCUUACUGCAAGGUCUUUGAACAAAGAUGGGUGGGAAAAUAACUGGGAUGAUUAGUUAGUUGAGAACAGCUUAAGAUUAGAUUUUGCCCAAAGGAUUGAGGAAAGUGGGACAAGAAUGAAGUUCCCAGAAAACCAGAUACGAAAUUUAAACCCUUUUUAAUAGUCUGCCCUUGUUGAAACUAGUGAGCUUUGUGUAGUGAUGUCCCAGAAAAUAGGUCUGUAUAAGUGCCUGAUAUUUACUGUAAGCGCAAGAGGUAAUAUAUUUUUUGUCCAAAAGUACAAUUUUACUCCACUUGGUUCUGUUACCUUUGAACAGUGAGUAAUUCACUUGUGUUAAACAUGUACUGUUUCACAUGAGCAUGGAACUCAGCCAUUUAAAUGUUUCAA